UCGUCUUCGUCUCCGGCGAUUAGCUCCACCGCCCCGCCGCCUCUCGUCGACGCCUCUUCUCCCUCACCGCACCCUCCUCUUCGAUCCCAACAAACCCUCGCCCUCCUCCUCCUCCUCAUCGGCUUCGUUGUACCCCUCUCGAGGCCUUCGGAGCAUCGCCGCCGCCGCAUCAGCCAGAUCGGAGGCCGCGCCGGCGCCGGCGCCGGAGAAGAACCUCGGCGGCGGCGAAGACGACGCCCCGGCAUCGAUCGAGCUCGUGCCGAUCGUGAGCGAGGCGCAGUUCGAUCGGAUCGUCGCCGAGGCGCAUCAGCUCGAGGAGUCGAUCGUCGUGGUUUGGAUGGCAAACUGGUGCAGAAAAUGUAUAUAUUUGAAACCUAAAUUGGAAAAGUUGGCAGCAGAUUAUUAUCCAAGAUACAACUACUUUUUCUGGUGCAGAAUACGAUUUUACUCGGUUGAUGUCAACACAGUGCCUCAAAGGCUUGUGAAUUGUGCAGGAAUAACUAAGAUGCCAACAAUUCAGCUAUGGAAUAGCUCUAAAAAGCAAGCAGAAGUGAUUGGCGGACAUAAAGCAUGGUUGGUAAUUGAUGAGGUCCGGGAGAUGAUUGAUAAUGAAGAUGAAUCCUUUUGCAGCUAUACGUCAUCUCUGCAUCUUCUUUGUUCCUUCCUUCCCGUCAUAUUUUGAAGACAUAAGGUAAACGCUACCUACCGCAAUUACAGUCAAUUUCCAUUACAGCAUAAUGCAUUCCAUACUAUCUCAGUGCAGCCUCGGUGACGGUACAUUACUCAUUAAAACUCAGUCUGACAAAGUUCAAAGGUUUAUUUUGACCUCCUUAAUUUAUGUUACAAACAGUGAGACUUCGUACUACAUGAACUAUUGCAACAAACUAAACCAUACAUCUAAGGUUCUCAAGCUUUACUAGGUCAAAAAGUGAUUUAGCUCUUUGAAGAGUGAACAUUCCAGUAUGUUCUUAUGCGUGGAACACGGCUUAACAUUGGUUCUUGCUUCUCUUCCUCAGAAGUUCGGUGCCGAGGCAUAAGAACGGUCCAAUUCGUCUCGCUGAUGAUGACGGGUGCCAGAAAGAACUUUCAUGGGUUACUUCUAUUAUUCACUUAAGAAAAGACGACGAAGACUCGUCCAUGUUGUCUUGCAAGCUUAUAUAAAUAAACAGUCAUUUUGUUUGCAGCCAUGCAUUCGAUUGUGGAGGUAGUAGGUACGUAUUACAUGAUCUCUCGUUUACCAUAUUGAUCUGAAAUUAACCAUUUAAAAGUGACCCUUUAUACUGCCAUCUAUCUGCUAUGCCGUAUGAAGAUUCUAGUGUGAUUAUAAAUUCUGGGAACUGACACUUCCAUGGAUCAAUGUUGAGCACGUUUGCCCAUAUACUAAGAAGCUUAUAAUUGGCACUUCAUUAAAAUGCAACAAAAUGAACCUCCUCAAAUGCGCUCUGUUCUGCGGGAAGGCAUUGUGCGAUCACGACAUGGUCAUAAGACUACAAGAUUGAUCGGUGUGAUAGUUAUAUUCGAAGAUAAUGAGGUGUGGGGCCUUAAUGUCGGUAUAGGAGGAUGUUAUGUAAUAUAUUAGAGUUUGCUGCAUGUAUUUGUUCUUUUGAUUAAAUUUGCGGCCCACGUCUCUACUUUACAAGAGAGCAUUAAAAUUUAGCAGUGGCUCCCCACACGCUCCUGUUGUUGUUGCCAUUGUUGUUGUUGUUGUUGUUGUUUUAUUUUCCUUCUUUUUUUGUC